GUUUGUUGUUUCCGGUCGGACUCAGUUCCUCGGCUCUCCUCCAUGUGUUUCCUGUCUCGGUUGGGUUCUGUGUGUCCGGUUGGGUUCUCGUGGUCUUGUUGUUGGUUGUGGUUCUGGUCGUGGUGAUGCCGGGCAGCUCUCUGUUCUCCGGGUUCCGGGUUCUGGGUCUUUACUCUAACCACGUGCCGCUCGCGCUGCGGUACCACCGGAAGCACCGCGAGUUCUACCUGGUGACGUCAGUCGGUAAAUGUUUCCACACGUACAACGUGAACAGGUUGGGGAUCGUUGCUGUCAGUAACAGCCUGUCAGAUGACAUCAACUGUGUGGCAGCGGACAGGAUGUUGGUGUUCGCCGCUGCCGGGCGAGUCAUCAGCGCCUUCGCCCGUAACAAAGAGGUGGUGAUGCGUUACCAUGGACACGGACAGGAAGUGCGUCUGCUGCUUCCUCUGGGUGAUCAGCUGAUCUCAGCCGAUAGCGGCGGUGAUGUCAUCGUGUGGGACGUCCAGGGAGGAGAAAUCUACCUGCGGUUGCAGUUUGACCCCGUCACCUUCGACGUGUCGGCCAUGAUGCACCCCAGCACCUACCUGAACAAGGUGCUGCUUGGAAGCUCCCAGGGUGCACUGCAGCUCUGGAACAUCAAGACCAGUAAGUUGUUGUUCACGUUCCCCGGCUGGUCAGCAGGAGUCACAGUUCUGCAGCAGAGUCCCGCGGUGGACGUGGUCGGUGUCGGCACGGCGACGGGACGCAUCAUCAUUCACAACAUCCGAUUGGACGAGACGCUGAUGAGCUUCACGCAGGACUGGGGACCAAUCAGCUCGCUCGCUUUCAGAACAGACGGUCCUCCCAUCGUGGCGUCCGGCAGUCCUCAGGGCCACAUUGCAUUCUGGGAUCUGGAACGCCGUCAGCUGGUCACUCAGCAGAGACACGCCCACAGCACAGCCAUCGCCGCGGCAACCUUCCUGCACGGAGAGCCGCUAUUGGUCACAAACGGAGCCGACAACGCCAUCAAGGUGUGGAUAUUUGACCAGGAGGGGGGCGGAGCCAGGUUGCUGCGGAGUCGUCAGGGCCACAGUGCCCCGCCCACCACCAUCCAUCACCACGGCAACGACGGAAAAAACCUCCUCAGUGCUGGUCAGGACGGGACGCUGCAGUCUUUCUCCACCGUCCACGAGCGAUUCAACAAGAACCUGGGUCACGGCUCCAUCAACAAGAAGAAGGAACAGAAGAAGAAGAAGGGGUUGUCCUACGAGGAGCUGCGUCUUCCUGCCAUCACGGCGUUCUCCUCCGCCGCUGCUCGUCAGUCAGACUGGGACGGCAUCGUCGCGUGUCAUCGUGGUCGCCUAGCAACCACCACGUGGAACUACCAGCGGUGCACCAUGGGAGCUCAUCACCUGCAGCCGCCGGCCGAUCGCAAGAAUGGCAUCGCCACGGCUGUCGACAUCACUUCCUGUGGCAACUUUGCUGCGAUCGGCUCGUCGUGCGGCCGCGUCGACGUCUACAACCUGCAGUCCGGCCUGCACCGCGGUUGCUAUGGCGACGAUGAGAAAGCUCACAGCGGGGCGGUGCGCGGCGUCGCCACGGAUACCCUGAACCAGCUGACGCUCACCGCAGGCUCUGAUUGGCUGCUCAAGUUCUGGCGCUUCAAGAGCAGGAAACAGGAAGAGCAGCUAAAGCUACAUGCAGCACCAGCUAGCAUGCUGCUACACAGAGACAGCGGGAUGUUAGCCUUAGCGCUGGAUGAUUUCACACUGCUGGUGGUCGACAUAGAAACCAGGCGGAUCGUCAGGAAGUUUGCCGGUCACCACGGCAACAUCAACGACAUGACGUUCAGUCCUGAUGGCCGCUGGCUGGUUACCGUGGCGAUGGACUGCACCAUUCGCACCUGGGAUCUCCCCUCUGGAUGUCUCGUCGACUGUUUCCUGGUUGCCAUGGCACCGGUGGCCGUGUCCUUGUCGCCGACCGGAGACUUCCUGGCGACGGCUCAUGUUGACAGUCUGGGCGUCUACCUCUGGACCAAUAAGAGUCUGUGUGGGCCGGUGGGGCUCCGCCCCCUCCCCGCUGACUACCAACCAGCUGAGGAGACACUACCGGGGGUCACGGCGGACGAGUCAGGACAGGAAGUGACAUCAGAGGAGGUUGAUGAUGAUGCGUACGUGUCAGCUGAGCAGUUGGGGGCGGAGCUUGUGACUCUGUCUCUGCUGCCGGAGUCUCGAUGGAAAAGUCUGCUGCACCUGGACACCAUCAAGAGGAGGAAUAAGCCUGUAGCGCCCCCUGCUGCUGCGGCUGCUGCUCCGUUCUUCCUGCCAACACUUCCUGGUCUCACGCCUCGAUUCACGUCGCCCACGGCAACCCAACAGGAAACACAGUCGAAGCUGCUGCGUUGGGGUCUGUUGUCUCAGAGGUCAGAGUUCAGUUCUGAUCUGGAGUCGGCUCUACAGUCUGGAUCGUUCGAUCGCCCGGUGCGUCGCCUGAAGGAUUGUGGGCCGGCGGCGCUUUCUGUGGAGCUCACCUGUCUGUCAUCAGAAGGGGGCGGAGCCAGCAGCCUCCUGCUUGCCUUCAUUCACAUGAUUGACAGCAUGUUGGCCAGUGGGCGGGACUUCGACCUGGCUCAAGCUUACCUGGCGCUUUUCCUGAAGCUCCAUCUCCGCUCGUUGUCGCAGGACUCUGUUGCCAUGGCAGCGUUGCUCCGCCUCUCCUCCCGGCUGGAGACGGGGUGGGCGGAGCUACGGUCGUCAUUCGACCAAUCACUGUGUCUGCUUUCGUACGCCAAGAGUGCACUGCUUUGAUACACACAAAUACACACACAGACAAAUACACACACCGUUUUGUAUUUUAUUAAACGUUAUUGAUUCAUCUUC